GGUUGUACCAACGCCUGGCGGGGAGAAUGGCUCGAACAGCGGCAAUGAUAGGCGAUGGAUAAAGACGUCCGCGUCUGAUAAAGCGCAGAUCUCGUGCGGUCACGAUUCGUGCGCCGCCAAUCUCCGCGUGUUUGGUUAUACAGCUGUCGUUCUAUUCGCGCCGCUCGUAAAAUAUAUCCGUCUAUUUGAGACUUAACGCAUAUGGUACGCAUCGUGUUUUCCAAAAGUGCCGACAAACGGGUGGUUGUCAACGCCAUUAUCUUUCUCGCGGGGCUAAAACAAGCUCAAGUAUGGAGAAUUACACGUCAGACUCCAGCGACUCGGAUUCCGCCUUAAGAACAUUGGACCUGUCGUAUCUGUCACUGGACAACGAAGUGUUAGAUAAGCGAUUCUUCAAUACCAAAGAUCCAGAGCAAGUGGACACCUUGUUGUUAAGCCACAAUUCUCUCACAAUUCUUCCCGCCAGUAUCAGCAGAUUCAACAGUCUGAAUUCUCUCGACAUCUCGAACUGCGGCCUCACUAGAUUACCAGAUUUUUGGACGGAUUGUCCUUUAACUUGCUUAAUUGCGAAACAUAACAAUUUAGCCAAUGACGGAUUGGCGAAAGAUUUUGAAAAUCUCGCUAGUCUAAGGGAACUCAAUCUAAGUGGUAAUAGUCUCACGGAAUUUCCUGAUCAGAUUCUCGAUCUACCUAGUUUAAAAUAUCUUUACUUGGGUGGCAAUCGUAUCAACGAGAUUACUAAGGACAUUUGGAAACUGCAGGGCUUGCGAGUUUUGUCAAUGGGAGACAACAGAUUAACAGAGGUACCUUCCACUCUUGGUGAAUUAAAAGCUCUACAGGCUCUUGUACUUUGCGAUAACAUGCUAGAGAGCCUACCAAGUUCAAUAGCAAAUUUGACAAAUCUGAAGACUCUAUCGCUUCACAAGAACAGACUACGGACAUUACCUACCGAAAUAAUAACAUUAAAGUGCCUUACAGAGUUGUCUUUACGAGAUAAUCCAUUGGUGGUGAGAUUUGUAUCCGACAUGACACAUAAUCCGCCAUCGUUGCUGGAGCUAGCGGCGCGCGUCAUCAAGUACAGCGAUAUUCGUUACGAUAAUGAGAGCAUACCACACAAUUUAGUACAAUACCUUAAUAGUGCCCACUCUUGCGUCAAUCCUAAAUGCAAAGGUGUUUUCUUUAAUAAUCGCGUGGAGCACAUUAAAUUUGUCGACUUCUGCGGUAAAUAUCGCUUACCGCUAUUGCAAUACUUAUGUAGCAGCAAGUGCAUUGAAACACGUGACAGCGAUGAGGAACUCGUAAGCGGUGCCAUGAUCAGAAAGGUUCUUCUUGGCUAAUAAGAUUUUAAAGACAUAUUUCUGUGAUGGAAUAUAUUGGAAUUAUUUCAAUGAAAUAAAGAUUUUCCGUUGCUUGAUUCCUCACGAUCAGAAUUUCAAAGAUAGCAGGGUAAAUUUGAAUCUGUUUUGAAUGUUUGGAGAAAUAAAAGAAUUUUUUGACCAAUUUAAGACAUAAAACCUUA